AUGGACGACGCCUGGUCAAAGGACAGAACACGACAAUACCGACCCGCCGACAAUUUGUACGAGGGACGCGGUGCUGCAGCAACCAAGACGAUCACGUCUCUCCCGCUCGUCAACACGGAGCGGCAAACGCAGUGGACGAGAAUGUAUCCACCACAUCCCCAAUUGCAUGUGUGA